GAAGGAUGAUACCAUACCAUCAUCUUGGAAAUUUCAAAAAAAAAAAAAAAAAUGAGAAAGCAAGUGUUAACCUUAACGGAAGCUGCAGCUUCGAGAGUACGUCAACUGUUAGAGCAACGUCAACGCUCUUUCCUCAAACUUGGUGUCAAAUCUCGCGGUUGUAACGGCUUAUCUUAUACCCUCAAUUAUGCAGACGAUAAAGCGAAAUUUGAUGAGUUGGUUGAGGACAAGGGAGUGAAGAUACUGAUCGAUCCAAAGGCUCUUAUGCACGUCCUAGGUACCGAGAUGGAUUUUGUUGAUGAUAAACUCAGAUCUGAGUUCAUAUUUAUCAAUCCUAAUGCAACUGGACAAUGCGGUUGUGGAGAAUCUUUCAUGACGACAACCAGCUCAGAAGCUGCUAAGCUGCGUGGCAAAUCAAGCUGAUAGCUUUAUGCUACUAUUAUUUAUGUUAUAUAUACACUUAGAAGUGUGAAUAUAUAGUCUGGAAUAACAAGUCGAUGAGUUAAUUGUCAGAAACAGAAGGUUUUGUUAUUUUUUCUUCCUUUUUUUUUAAUCUUCUUUUCUUCUGUACAUCCUGUAACGUUGUUCUUCACCCCAAUAAUUUGAGUGGAUGUGUGUAUCACUUACCGCAGUAGCUGUUGUACAGAAUUAGAUUUCCUUUUUC